CCCAUUUCAUCAGCAUCGAAGGGAUUCGAGUUCGUCUUGAGUGAUUCCAAGGGAAAUCCGAAACCGUCAGAUCGCAAACUCAUCCGACGUCAUGUGAUGAGAGGGAAGAACACGCGUGAACACCAACCCCCUCGGCUUCCCGAUUCUUGGAUUCACACCACUGCCGCAGGUGGAUCACAGUUGACCUUCCCAGCUGAUCCUCUUAGUCACCCCGGUGGCCUCGUAAAGAGAUGCGGGGAUGGAAGCAUAUGGGACACAUGCCCAUGGUUCCCCUUCUCGAUAAACGUGCUGGACACUGUCAAGUUUGCAGAUGAGGUUGAUGGACCUGCCCGUCAGAUGAUCGCUAGCUUCUUUGGGACAAUUCGGGAGCUCAUGUACCCCCUCGAUCUCUGUUGCGAAUUCAACGCCUCCGAGACCAACUGGUUCGGCUGGAUGACCAACGAUGCCGCAUACCUCCACGCUCUCCUCUUCACUGUCAGCUCUUUUCACGACCUUGCAGCUGGACGUACUGCACAGCCUCGCACCAACUACCAUGUUUUCAAGGCCAUCAGACUCCUCAAUGAGCGCUUAGCUGAUAGCAAGAUGGCCCUUGCCGACUCGACGGUUGCCGUGGUCAUGAGCAUGGCCAUGCUUUGCGAAAUUGUGGGAGACGCCCAAGCUGCAAGAGCACAUACCGACGGAUUGAAGCAGAUUGUUGAGUUGCGUGGGGGAAUCGGUUCCUUCAGCCAUGCCCAACAGCUCCAAGUCAAGAUAUGUCGGGUUGACUUGAGUGUGGCAAUUUCACAAGGCUCCCGGCCAUACUUCUUCCAAGAUGGCGUCUCCUGGGACUCGUUUUUUGAGUCUUGUCCAGUCUUGAAGCGUCUGAGACCUGUUCCCUCAACCGCCAUGUUGCGCACUCGUCGUCUGAUCAAACCAGUCGAUAGACGGUUAUACUACAUCUUCCAAGAUGUUCAAGAUUUCUCGCAGCUUGUGAACUUCCUGUUCCAGUCGCACCAGAGGAUACAGCCCGGAAUAUUUCAGGACCUUCUCACAUCUCUGCAGUAUCGCAUCCUGCUGCUCGACUUUGGAAUCGAUAAUCGGUUUGCAGAGCUUUUGCGCCUCUCAAUGUUGGCUUACUUGACUGUUGUUUUCUUCCGACUUCCCCAAGUCAAGCUCCAGUACCCCUUUUUAGGCUCUCAACUGCGUACAAGCUGCCAAACAUUUGAGCCGGCGGAUGAACAGGAGAGGAGGGUUUUUGCAUGGGCCAUGUUUGUUGGCUUCAUGUCAGCGCUGGACUUGCAAGAUGACGAGUUGACGAUGAUGCUGGCUGAGAUGAUGAUGCCUUGUCUUGGUUCAUCGUGGGUUGAGGUCAAGACGAGCCUGAAGGAAGUUUUAUGGAUUGAUGGGAUCUAUGAUGGCCCUGGGCAAGAGGUUUACGAGAAAAUUUCCAAAUAG